AUGCAAUACCCCGAUGCGGUCCAGCUGAUUAAGCAGGAAAAUGCAUUAUCCGCAAGUCAAAGUAUCCAGUCUCGAUUGAACGAGACCGUGUAUUGGGAAAUAAUCAAGAAGGGCGCGGAUCUCCUUGAUCCAAAGGAUCUACCAACCUCUAAAGGCCCUCUUGAUGAGUUCACGAUGGCAGAGAAGGUCGCCACUGAGCGCUUCAUGAGGGAAGCGGGCUAUGGGCUUAGCCUCGCCAAUCAGCGGCAGUGCCGUCUUUUCUGGAAACGGUUGUUCCAGAUGCGUAGCGCGGGUGUUGACAAGAUCCUCUUAUACCGCACUAAAGAAUUCGACCGCUUCUGCAAAAGCUAUUCAUCGGAGGCUGGGGCUGCUUUGGUAGAGAUGGUCCGGCUCUGGGAAGAAAAUUAUGGCUUCUACAUUAAACAACUGGAAGAAUCAGUUGCCGAACAGAGCAAGGGCGAUUUAACAGGAAGGCUUUGGCUGAGCCAAUCGUUUGUAGCGGACAGGCUGUAG